GCGAGAAAAUAUGUUGAACGGGGGUCUUCGGACUGUAUGAGCUCUCUUGCCGGAAGUGGCCUUUAUGGUUGGCUUCCUUGGCAACGAGUAACUACUGCACGAAAUUAUCUGAACAAAAUCCAUGGUACAAUAGUUUCUGUACAAACUGUUUAUGCUUAUUGAUUAAAUCAUCAUAUUAACACAGUCGUUUGCACGGAGAGGACUGUUUGAACACGUUUGACAUUUAUUGAAUAAGUAAUCGGCUGUAUUCGGAAUGGAAUUGAAAUUCGUCUGAAUAUACUGAUAUAUAGCAAAGGAGUGUUCGAUGUCCGACGCAAGCGUUUCGCCCGUUGUUAACUGAGUUUUGGCUUGGAUAAAUCUUGAGCAAGAUAACUACAGUACAAUCUGCGUCGUAUUUGUUCACGCAGAGAUCUGCUGUGGUAUGAUAUAGGGCCUGUAUUCAAACAGUUUCUGGAGAGGAGAAAACAAUUUUCUUUGGAUGUGCAGAAUGCAUUUUGUAAUCACAACUUCUGAGUGAGUAUGGCUCUCACACUAGUGAGUUUGAAGUGGAUAGCGGGAAAGGAGUUCACAGGUCGCCCGCCGUCACCCAGGCAAGGACAUGCGAUUGCUGUCCUUGACAAUGCUGCCUACAUCUUUGGGGGAAUCCGAUGUGUAGAGGAACCAGAAAAGGGAAUCUUCUACUUCAGAGAUUUACACAAGCUGCACUUUGGCAAAAUCUUGAGAUGGGAGAAGAUCAGAUACACAGGGGAUGCUCCGAUGGGUCGCCAUGACCACGCUUUGUGUGCCAUUGAAACCACAUUAUAUGUGUUUGGAGGCAGAAAUGAAAUGAAUGCUGAUGAAUGCUUACCUGGGUUGCAUGCAUUCAGUACAAAAUCUUGCAACUGGAAGCACAUACAGACGCAUGGGGUGGAGCCAAGGUCAUUGAACCCUGGUUGGGCUGUCGUUGACAAGAGGAUUUUUGUGAUUGGUGGAAUAUACAAGGGUGAGGCGCAUUGCAAUGUGGAUGUCCUAGACACUGAGACAAGCACAUGGACUCGAUUGUCUGUCACGGGUCUGCCACCCGCACCUAGGUGUGACCACAGACUGAUGCCUGUUGGCCGUAGCAUCUACCUGUUUGGUGGAUGUGGAGGCCAGAACAAAUGUUUCAAUGAUCUUCAUGCACUGGACACAGAUUCUCUGCAGUGGUCCUCCCCACCAGUUAGGGGAGAUCCACCCCCACCCAGGGGAUGUCAUAGUUUGACCCUCCAUGCUGACAAGGAUAUCUAUGUCUUUGGAGGGUCCAACGAUGGCCUGAAAGGCAAGACAACACUCGGUGACCUCCACAAAUUGAGUCUUGCCAAGAUGAAGUGGAAGAGGCCGUUCUACUCAGGCAACCCUCCUUGCCGACGCUUUGGGCAUGUGGCCUGCACGUACCUCAAUCAUCUGUAUAUUUUUGGAGGAACCAAUGAGGACAUGGACUACAAUGAUGUCAAGGCAGCCAAACUUAUCAAUCCGUCCAGUCGCAAGCCACUGAAAGUUUCACCAGAACUCCUGCAUGAUGUACUCUACGGCAGGGCUGACCAAAACAAUGAAGGAACAUCUGCUGCAAUGUUGCCACUACAUGAAAGUGUGCUCAGCUCUGCCACAGAUCAAGAACAAGGUGACUCUGACGACUCCGAUGCCUCAGACACUGCAUCCAGUUCCUCAUCAUCUUCUGACUCUGAUGCAAGCGAUAGCAGUGAUGAGGAUUAAAGAAUUCCUCAAAACACACUUUCCAGAGCAGAACAUCCUCAUUCUCAUGUGUUAUAGAACACACCAGCAGAGAAACACUUGUUAGAUUUUGUGGUAGCAACUACUUUUCAGAUGCAUUAUCUGCACAUCUGCUAACACAUUUUUGCAUUUGUGGAGUUAGGCAGUCUUUCCAUCUGUACAUUAUACAUAAUGUAUAGUUGGGCCAGUGUUGUAUUCAAGUCCAUCACAAGUCCCUCAAAGUCCGUCACAAGUCCAUCACUAGUCCAUCACAAGUCAUU